CGAUGACAACCCUGUGUUUCGUCAUUCGUACGCAUACAGAGCCCAACCCAGCCCAAAAAAAGAACAGAAUCGAAUUUUGAACAUUUAAAAAUUAAAUCAACUUCGUUCUCCACUAAACAAAGCGUUCAAUAAUGCAAACUAUUAAGUGUGUGGUCGUUGGAGAUGGUGCAGUCGGUAAGACUUGUCUACUGAUAUCCUACACAACCAACAAAUUUCCAUCAGAGUAUGUGCCAACUGUAUUCGACAAUUAUGCCGUGACCGUGAUGAUCGGCGGCGAGCCCUACACACUGGGCCUUUUUGACACGGCUGGUCAGGAGGAUUACGAUAGACUGCGCCCCUUAUCGUAUCCGCAAACCGAUGUGUUCCUCGUCUGCUUCUCGGUCGUCAGUCCCAGUUCGUUUGAGAAUGUAAAGGAAAAGUGGGUGCCUGAGAUAACGCACCAUUGCCAAAAGACACCAUUUCUACUGGUUGGUACACAAAUCGACUUACGCGAUGAGACAAGUACAUUGGAAAAAUUGGCCAAGAACAAGCAGAAACCUAUAACCAUGGAGCAGGGCGAGAAGCUGGCUAAGGAGCUGAAAGCUGUCAAGUAUGUAGAGUGUUCAGCAUUGACACAAAAGGGCCUAAAGAAUGUUUUCGAUGAGGCCAUAUUGGCCGCGUUAGAGCCGCCAGAACCAUCCAAGAAAAGGAGGUGCAAAUUUUUAUAAUUAUUUUUUUUAUUUGUUCAACCUCAAAAAACAAAAACACGUACUAUA